UGAAAAACAAUCUAACACCCGCAGCUCCAGGUUAGAGAUUGAUACUGGACCACCUCUGGAGGAACCGCUCCCUGAACCCGCCAGCAGACUGCGCGUCAACUCAGAUGUGAGUCGCCAGCGUGGAGGAAGCAGCCCCAUUCGCAAGUUGGCAUCACCCUUCAUGGAUGGGGGCCGCCUGCCCUUUCCCAUCCUACAAGGAACCCAAGCCAAGACUUUUCAUCCUGUUGAGCGGCCAGACCGCUGGAACGAAGUUUCUCCACGCACCUGGGCUGGCAAUAAUUUUGAGAGGCAGGGACCAACGGAGAAACGAGUAGAGGUAGACCGGGAGGUUGCCAGGAAUAUGGAUUCUGUGUUCAAAGAACUUCUUGGGAAAACCACUCUGAAGCACACGGGGAUUUGUGACCCUCCCCAUCAUUCUGAACCCCCAAAGAGCAACCCUUUGGCUAAGAAGGGUAUCGCCCCUGCCAAGCCAGCCUCUUCCAACAGGGCGCUUCUGCGGGGCAAAGGGGUCUUCAAGUCUUUGGGAAAUGGAGAGUGAGUCAAACUCAACGUGGGGGAAAAGCACCCCCCCCCAGUGUGACUUGCCCAAUACUGUGGCUACCCUCCUCCUCCUCCUCCUCUUCCUUCCUGUUCCGGAUACCAACUCAGGGCAGUUGUGUCUUGCUCUCUCCUGGUGGGGGUGUGGGUGGGAAAAGGGGGGUGAUGUAAGAUUAUCAGCGUUUGUGUUCCGACCUCCAAGCCAAAUGUUGAAGAUGCAUUUGCUGUUGGACGUCUUCCUGCACUGGAGGUGCAUCUGAAGGAUUUCAUGUUGUGGAUGUGACUGGGACUAAAACAUACAGCUCCCAUCAGGAUGAUCCUGGGACCCAACACCCAGGCCAGCUGUUCCUUUGUCACAAAGAGUUUGCACUUGGAUCUUCGUGUGGAAGGGAUGCAUGGGGGGAGGGGAUGUGCCAAGAUUCCUGGACUCUUGUUCUUGGCCUCGGCAAGGGAAUCAUGUCUAGUGAGUUAUGGUGCCAGAGGUUGAAAGGACGGGCAUUGUUUUGUACAUGUGUGUUAUUCUCUUCCUGACGUGCUUCACACUAGCCCUCACCUCCUCUCCUUCCUUCCUCGACUCUCAACCCCCGGCAGUGUAUCUCUUGUUGCUUUAAACAUUCGUCUGAAUUUAAAACUUUCCACACACGCUACUUGGUCCAGCCUCAUGCAACCCUGCACGCAUCACCCUCCUACAUUGGGGCAAUAGGUAAGGGGACAUAUUUGUGGUGGGGACCCAUGUGCCAAUUUCCCCCUCAUCAUCCAAGGUCCAGUUUGUCUGCCCCCCCCACCCCCACCUUCUACUUCAUCAUCAUAUUUUUGUCUUUACUGCUCAGUAUUAAUCAGGGCUGCAUGUACUCUGUGCUUUCAAAUGCUGUGUAAAGUCAAGCUGAAUUCUGCAACCUGUGUAGAGUGCAACUUCAACUCGUAGAGAUUCUCUUCCAUAAUUUAUGUUGCCAAUCUGACAACUGGAAAUCUGACUUAAUGGGCACCCUCGUGGUUCCAAGCUUUCAGCAGGAAAUUAAAACCACACUUUUCAGCAUCACUUUAUAGACAUAAGGGCUAGAAACCUGCUCUUUUAUAUAUAUAAAAGUUUUAUAUAUAUAUAAUUUUUUUUCACAUUCUCAGGAAGCAGAAUUCUGUGCCCAAUGCCGCAUCCUGUGAGUUUCUCGCGAAUUACAGCAUAUGUACAGCCCUGGUAUUUAGCUUGUCAUUAACAAAAAAAAAUAUGACUGUACUGUGAUCUUUCUAUACAGCCUGUUGGUUUCUGUUUCUUGCAAUAAACUGGAUUUAUAAACUC